CCGCACGCAUCAGCAUCACGCAUCUCUAGUUUCGAUUCCGGUGUACUUAUCUCAAAGUGGAGAGGUUACAUCGAGGAUGAGUUAUCGUAUUAACCAUAACUUAUAUCGAACGUUAGAUUUGGUCACUCCUGCAACGAGAGUCUGGGGGAUACUCACCGUGAUCGUGUACUGGGGCAUUGGUGCUGAUCUUACGUUUCAUCGCUAUGAUCUAGGAAUAUACAUCAUCAUUUCUGCAGUUCUGCUCACAGUCUUAGAAACAGCAUUUGCAGUGGACUUAUUUUUAGACGUUUGUAUAAGGGAGGAACGAGGCCUCUGCCUGCGUUUGUGGAGGGGCAUUCGGUGGAUUGACCUGUGGAGAAAAAGCGUACUUUACGCCGCAGUCUCGUUUCUGUGCUUCUGGUAUCCAGUCAAUGUUUGGCUAGCCAUCUUAGCAGGAGUUAUGACACUUGUUUUGUGUGUUCUUUAUCUUAUCCUGACAUACAAAAAUCACCUGGAGGUCAAAGAUGCACUGCUAGCUGACAAAGAAGAUUCCUAUGACAGGUUUGAUGAGUUACAAGACGACGUGGAUGACACGCUCCCGGAACCAGAUCUUGACAAUGUCGGCGAUCAAGACCGCAUCCUUCAAGUCUGAUUCAUUUACUGACUGCAAACGAGGUGCAGGAAUGUAGCACUAUGUUGCAAGACAGUCAAGGUGUGCUGCAAAAGGAUUGUGACCACCAGAGUUCAAAGUAUUGCAAAAUGACAGGAAGCCAAGGGACUAAUGUCAUGCACCGUUUGUGCACAGCAAUGGUAGACAUGGUGUUGGAGAUAACACGUUCAGAGAUCUAGUGUUUAUAUACACUCGGUAUCUUUUUAGCGGAUGAUGCAAUCAAAGUCAUCAUGCGCUGUAGAGCCUGUAAGAAUAGCAGUCCAACCUUGCAAUUCAUCACACGUUCCUUGGAUUUCUUAAAUUAACCACUGUGAUGCAGUGAGGUGGGCAGACAUGUCCACAUGGCCAUAGUACUUGCCAUUUGUAUAAUGUUGACUCAUUUAAGCUAAGGAAUUCUCGCAUGCUUCCUAGAAUGUGAAACGUUUAUGGUACCAUAUGCUGACAGGAAACAGUAGCUGUUUCUCAGUAGUCUUAUGCACUGUUGAAAUUGUAUUUUUAUAGAGAAUCUGUUCAGUUUUUAGACACCCACAUGCAUCCUCUCUUUACACGGAAAAUUUUUAAGUAACAUUUUAUGUGUACAUCCAAGCAUUCAUGCACGCUGUAGAUUUUAAAUGGCAACCAUGUGUUUGGUAGCAUUUUUCUCAUACACCAACUUUUCAGUUGUUGGCUACGCCAUUUGUGCCAAGCUAUAACAGUUUUUUUUUUUUUUUCUUGCUUGUAGAAGCAUGUAUUAGAAAAGCAUGAAGUCUAUGAUUCACAAACUUUAGUUAUUUUAAAAAUAGCUAUGUUUUCUAUAUUUGGGUCAUGUUGUAAAAAUGUCUGCAUGUGCACUGUAUAUUAGAAUCUAAUAUUUGUUUGUGAUCUUGUAUACAUCAGUUUACUAUACACAAUUUCAUAUUCACUAUUGUUUAGUAUGAAUGCAGAAAGCAUUACCUCCAUAUCUCUCUGUGAGGACACUAAAGCAUUUCAGCAGCCAUGUAUGUUUUCAAAACACGUUCCAACCGAUUAUCGUAGCGGAAUGUUGGGAAACAAGCGCACUGUACAGUGCUUGGCUGGAAAGUAUCUCAGCUGUCUAUGCAUUUGUAGGGUUCUUCGUUUUCAAGUUUAACCCGAUUUUUCACGAUAGUUCCUCUACUUGAAAUCCUUGCGGUCCUUGAACUUGUCGGUCUAGGUAAACCGUCGGAAAAGAGAAUCGUAAUAUCAGCAAAGGGAGCUAUUUGUGACGACUUAUUUGUCCUCCUUUUAUAAUCCCCUCCUGCAGGAGUCUAAGGCAAGCUUUUGUGGAGCUCGGGCAAGUGUUCGAACACCGCGGUCAUUCGCUGCCCCCAGUUCUGAGCGGAAAUAUAAAGAUUCUUGCUUCUCGUCCCAGUGUCACAGCAGCGGCUUGUUUUGCCUUUCGUUUCACCCGAAAAUUCCCAAAUGACAUAUCAAACAGAGAUCAUAGCGCCCAAUUUCUCCCCGAAUUCUCGUGUGUAAAUAGCAUCCGAUUUUUCCCCUCCGAAUUUGAAAAAUCAUGAAACCCAGGAGUCUAAGGCAAGCUUUUGUGGAGCUCGGGCAAGUGUUCGAACACCGCGGUCAUUCGCUGCCCCCAGUUCUGAGCGGAAAUAUAAAGAUUCUUGCUUCUCGUCCCAGUGUCACAGCAGCGGCUUGUUUUGUAUGCCUUUCGUUUCACCCGAAAAUUCCCAAAUGACAUAUCAAACAGAGAUCAUAGCGCCCAAUUUCUCCCCGAAUUCUCGUGUGUAAAUAGCAUCCGAUUUUUCCCCUCCGAAUUUGAAAAAUCAUGAAACCCGAAAACGAAGAACCCUAUGCAUUUGUUAUAGUUCAGGUAACAUAAACUGUCAUUUUGUGCACAUGUGACACAUCCCGCUUCUUGCACUUUGUUUUAACUGUUGUUGAGUGCUGCGGAAAGUGGUGUCACUCCCUUUUUUUUUAGGCUUUUUGAAGCUGAAUGCAAAGUGCGGGAAAAAUAGUGUCUCAUCGGUUUUUGGAGCACCCAGAGCAAUCCCACUCGCCGUCCUAACAGUUAGUAAUGCUGUGGCGAUGUAUGUGCUCUGCACCCACAGCAUUUUUUAAAAAAUUCUUAUUAUUAUUAUUCAUCUGCUUGCUUUGACCACAAUUGGUGUUGCAUUCUUACUGUUAUUUGGACAAUGGUGGUCUGCAAAGUGCAGAGUGUAGCUGUUCAUAGGCCUAUCCUAAGUAACUUCAACAGGUCGAGUAGUGUGGCACUUGCUGUGGUGCCCCAGCUAUAUUUCGAUGAUCUGAAAUGAAAUAUUAUCUAGUGUUGAACAUGAACCGGUUCGACUCAAGUAGCAAUCAAUAUGAGAAAUGUACCUGUCUUUGUAAGUGCACAUUGGCACUCGGAUGACAUAAGCUUUGCAAUGCAGCUUACAGCAUACUUAUAAAUCCGUCCUUUUUUAUAUAACAGAGAUUACCGUAGUCAAAAUAUUCCAGGUUCUAUGUGUGGCCAUGCUCUUCGUUAAUCAAUUCCACAAUGUGGGUAUAACUGUGGUUUAAGCUGCGUUGAGACCGGUGACUUACAAAGCUUGUCAUACAGUUGCAAAGUGGUGACAGGGCUGCUAUUUUCUCAUGCUGUAUAUUUUUUAUACAUGUAGGUAAGUAUUAUUUUAUUGCCUAAUUUCUCGGUUUAUGUUAGUGUCAUGUUGCAACUUAUGUGUUGUGUGCAUAUUGAGAUAAAAGCUUCCUUGUGUGACCAGGAACAAAACGUUCUUACCUUUGUUACACAUGCAGACCAUGAAUUGAAUGUGCAGUAUUUGCUAGUAACAGCAAGCCCAACAGAAGGCACUAGAAAUCAAAUUAACCGUUAAUAAACAGCACAGCCAUGUAACACAGCUAGCAGUUUUAACAUUUUACAUUUGGUUUAAGCGAAGCUCAGAGUAAGAUAUGUACACUUGUGUGUAUGUGUCAUGCUUAUGAUGUGUUGACAUAUUUGGUGUAGUUGUAGCAAGCCCAUUGUGUUGUACAAAGGGCUUCCAUUUAACUCUUGAUUGAUAGCCAAGUUCACAAAGAAAGCUUGCCCAAAUUUCGGUUGUUUUACUUGGUGCCUGUAGUGUUGUGCACACUAUGGUGUUAAGAUGGAGUGCCAAUCAAACUUGGUUACAUUGUACAGGGUGACCCAAAAGAAUGCGAAUGUGUACCAAAAGUGACAAGGUCUGUGUAGUCGGUCAAAAGAAUUGAUCAUUUGCAACCAUUGUAAUCCAUUGCGACCCAUGCGAUCCAUGCAACCAUUGCAAUCAUCAAAUUUGCAACCUAUUGUAAGACAUGAUUGCUUUUGGAAUAUCUGAUGAGUGAAUAGGUGGACUUUGUACUUAAUUAGACAAAGACAAAUUAGAAUUUUCUGGACAAAAGGUGCUGCGGUAUAGACUACAGAAGUCUUUCAUUGUACUCUGGCAGGUUCGCCAACAGUGCCAAAGUGUCCAUUCAACAGAAAAAUAGUGAUGUAAUGAUUGGUUUGCAGUGGUUUGCAGUGCCUGACAAAAAGGGAUGGCCGGGUGAAGGCCAAAGAGGGAAUGAUGUGCUGGCUUGCUGGUGGUCAACAAUAUGACAAAGAAAGUAACGUUGCACUGAGAAACUCCCUACCAAUGACACAGGUGCAAGACAGACCAGUGCAGCUUGGAGACUCUAAAAUCUAACGUAACUAGCAUGUCCCAUCAUGAAAUGCAACACCUGUGCUUUCUAAAUGUAUGUGCAUGGGAGACAUCAUGCAUGUAGGCAUCUGGCAAAAACGGGUUUGGUCGGGACAACAAAACUCUCGUUCUCCUCCUUUCCUGUCUUUUUUAUAAAUACCCUUUCUAAAUACGAGAAAUAGAAAUACACCUUUUUGUCUCGUAUAGCCAUCAUUAGUAACUCGUUGAUCAUUAUAUUUCGAGUGCUUUUGCAAUCGCGGAUCUGACUCUCCUUUUGCACCAUUCUCUGCUACGAAUAUCCUUUUCAUAAAUAGUGCCAUUAUUGGAAGCACGGCUUUUACUUUGUACUGUGUUCACAAGCAAGCUGACAUAUUCCACCAGUAACCAGUUUUACUUGACCGAUUCCACAAUCCCACCUAUAGCCAUGCAGGGUAGCUGUGGUAGAGUGCUAAUAGUCAGUGCCAUUUGUACAAAAAAAAAUUUUCUUUAGAAAACUGUUUAUAUAAGUUUAUAGUUUGGAAAAACAAUAAAAGCCCCGUGGUUUGCACAUACAAAAAGGACGACAUAAUUUUUUUUUUAAUAUGCGCCUAGCACGGGGCUUUUCUUGUUUUUAAAAUGACGUACCAAACUGUCCAAGUUUUAACCCUCUUCUAGAGUUUGGUGUACUGCAAGCCGUAUAAGCUAGCCGUACUUGAAUAAGAUGAAGACGAAGCAUUUUAACAGCAUCCUUUCUUUCAUGUUUCUAGUUCAAGCAACAGCUGCGCGUUCACAACAUUGAGCAUUUGAUACCUCUGCUGUCGCGUUAAGGGUCAUGCAUGCGCAUGUAGAGCAGAGCCCAAGUUUGUAUCCUCGUCAAGUGUCAGGGUGUCGACCAUUAGUAUUAGGAAAGCAUUUAGUUGCAUCAAAAUACUCAACCCUGUCUUGUGGCUCACAGCCAUGGUCAGGGAAUGGAAUUGUGGAAUAUCAUAGAUCUGUUGCAUUUCUUAGCUCCUUGCAUGUACACUGCUUCUCGUACAAAACACUGCACUCUUGUUCCCCACUCCACACACCUAUCCAAGAGUGUUUGUUGUAUUUGUCUCUUUUCUUUGCAUUUUAUUAGCAGAACAUGUAAUUCUACUUUAUGCAUUUAUGCACGUUAUUUACUAUUGCAAGUUAACAAGCUGACCACGUGUUAGAGUUACAUAUGUAGUGUGCCACAAUAAUCUUGGCGUAGCAUGCCAGAGGUUAGCAACGAGUCUCAGGCCUGUAGAAGGCAAUGUGAUCUGGAAAGUCGGUAUUGUGCUGUCUGCUUUGUGUUUAUCCCAGUUAGUUGUUGUGAUUAUUUCUCACCAACCCCGGCACAGAUUCUGCCGUGAUGUCUGAAAGAUGUCACAUUCUGCAAUAAUUAUUUUGUCAUGCUGAAAGUUCUGCCGAUAUGUGUCGUUGAACUACCCUCUCUUGAGUCCAGCAGUAGAUUGUAAUAGCGCUGCACACUUAUUGGCAGUGCACAUCAUACAAGGUGGUUGUAAGUAAUAGGACCAUCUUAGCACUUUGUAACUGCCUUCCUGAGCUCCAUUACAUCUAAGUAAAUCACAAGUUAGCAUGUAAGUCGCAGAAUGUGGUUCUUGUGAAGCAUCUAGACAGGAAAAUUUGUUAAGCAAUGUCUUGCCAGACGCAGCCGUCACUACACUUUAGUGCAGAAUUAUUUGAGGGACGUCCAUAGGAUCUAAACAAACUUUCUAACACUAGUACUUCAUUCCUGUGGAGAGUACCGUGGAAUGUACAUCAACAAUGUGUUCCCUUUAUGAACAAGUGCAGCCCUGCUCUGUAAGCUACUCUUAUAUUGUUCCAUUGAACAGUACAGGAAAUACUUCUAAAGACAGCAAACUAUAUUUUACAACAAUCAGAGAACCUUGCUUUGUUUUCUAAAUACUGAGCCGUCAUUCAUUCACUGCAAGCGCUAACUAACCCAGGAAAUAUAUUUUUCAUAUCCAGUAAGUUUGCUAUCCCUCAAGAGAUGCUGUACCACACGAGCAAUUGAUGUGUCAUGUUUAGACUGUUCUACCGAGAGCACACUCCUUUGUGUCACUUAUGGAGGCUCCCCAACAGUAGGCAAUGUCUCAUUCGUAAAUUCCUUGCCAUUGUAGUGCAGCACUUUUACUAGAGUGCACAAUCAAGAAAUUAAUCAUGUUUUGCAGAAAUAUGCUAGAGUGCCAGUUAUUCAUCAAGUUGUACUUUAGCCUAGUCCAAGUGUUGCUUCUGUUUUUGCAUUAUUUACACGAAGGUGAGAGUGUCAGUUGUAUCGUUUUAUUCGAGGUGAGCUGGCAGUGUGUCGACAUAUGUGGCACUUUUAACAUGAUGGCUAAGUGUGCUAUUGUAAUAUAUUCUGAGCCUAUUCUUGUACAAUAAAGUUGUUACAGAUGAA